UACCUGCUGACUGUUCUGUCGUGACUACCGACUAAAGACUCUUAUUCAAGAUGAAGAAGUUCAUUAUUUUCUUCGCCCUUGUGGCUUGCGCCCACGCCGACUUCUGGAGCGACCUGUGGGACGGAGUGCAGACCCAGCUCCUCGACCCUAUCGUCGACCACGCCCAGCAAACCGCACAAGACCUUCUUGACACCUACGUGCCCGUCCUCGGCCAGGCCGCCCAGCAGUUAGUGGGAGAAGCGAUACAGUCGGCAGGCGACUCGCUGACCGGCCUGCUCAGCGGCUCCAAGCGCGGCCUGCUGGACACCGUCGUGGAGGUGCUGCAGAGUGGUAUCCAGUACCUGGAGGAGGUGGUCAUCGCUACCGUGCAGCAGGUCAGCCAGGCCCUCCAGGACGGCGUGGCCAACCUGUUCGACGACUCUAAGGCUGUGAAGAUGCUGGUUGAUAUGAAGAAGAUCAACAAGAAGAACAAGGUCAUGAUGAAGCAGCGCUCUCAGAUGAUGCUUGUGCACCUGUCCAAGUCUCUCAACAAGAUGGCCAAGGCACGUGGCUUCUUUGACGACCUUACCGCCGCCGCCGGUCAGCUCUUCCAGCCCGUUGUGGAUGCUGCCACCCAGUCCUUCAACCAGCUUGUUGACGCCGCCACCGCUGCAGGCCAGCAGAUUCUUGACCACGCCACCACGUUUGUCAACAACGUCAGCGGCACUUUCCAGGGCACCAUGGACCAGCUCAAUGCCGUUGCCCAGCCCUUCAUCGAUGACGCCCAGACCCUCGCCGGCUCCGUCACCAACCAGUUCCAGGAGAGCUUCGGUGCCGAGACCUCGGCCUAAGUCACGCAUAUACCUUACAGUAGAGCAUAUAUACCUCAUAUCACGGACAUCAUGACUGCUGAAGUCUGUUCGUCCACUGUGACUUACAAUCGUUUUUUCAAGUACGCACAAUAAAAUGUUUGUCGGAAUAUCAAA